CUACUUUCUCCGUAGUGGUAUGCAAUGGUAAAGGGAGGUAAUUACACCGGGUGAUCUAGGGGUAUAUAUAGGGGUGUAUGACAGUAGGUCUUCUCUCUCGCUAAUUACCACGGCAGUGUUCAUAUUGUUACGCAGCAAUCAUGUCUGAGGAUUCAACCGCGGCAAAACUUGACGCCAUUUUGAAAAGGCUUGACAAUCAACGAGACUUUGAAGCUGUGUUUGACGAAAAGCUAUCGCAUUUGAGAGAAGAAUUCAUCGAGCAGGCCAAGGGGUUGAAAAAAUUGAAGACUGAUACAGAAUAUUCAUGGUCUCGUGAAGGGAACAGAAUUCAGUUUAAUGUCAACUCUGAAGUUCUGGAGGAUUUAUUCACAGCAAGGCAAGCUAAAUACGGUGUGAAUGGUGAAGAUGUUUCCGAGUAUAUUGAAGCGGCUAUAUCUAAACUAGAAAAGAGAAAUAAAUUGAUUAAAAUUGCGGACUCAUCGGAAGGGGGCUGGGAGACAGUGAAAAAUUACGUUUCUAACGAGUUGGCUGAUGAUAGUGAUGAUGACAAGAAAAUUGAGAAAGCAGAACUUAAGGCAGUCAAGAAGCUUAAAAGCCAAACAAAACCGGAGAUCCCCGUAUGGAGCUCGAGCUUUACCCGGAGACCAAGUGUUACGUCGCACGCACAACACGCUCUACCUGUGCAUACUCCUGUGCACAGUGUUCCAGUCGUGCAGUCUUUUCGUGUCAAAGGUUCCCGACAGGGUUCAUGCCACCACUGCGGGGAGUUCUCGCACUAUGUCAGAGAGUGCCCCUACCGUACAGCCAGCACGAUCAGAGCCACGUCAGCAGCCAAUGCUACAGCUACCAGUGUCUCAUAG